AAGAGGCUCGGACGGCGGGCUUCGCCGGGUAGCCAGGGUCGCGGUGCUAGCGGACCGGCGGCCGUGUGCGCCUGGCGGACCUGGGAAGCGCAGGGCCUGGCGCCGGACGCCGCCUCGCGCCCUCGGGAGACUGAGCCUUGGCGACCCCGCGGGGUCCUCCCGGGUGCGGCGGAUGACUUCCCCGGCCUUCCUGGGCGCCUUGUGCCUGGCGCUGAGCUGUUUGGGCGGCGCGCGCGGGCUCUGGAGGAGUGAUGACCUGGAAUGGAGCAAACUAAUCAUGGUCCACCACUGGCCUGCGACCGUGUGCCAGGAAGUUGAGAACCACUGCAAAGACCCUCCGAAUUACUGGACCAUACACGGACUAUGGCCCGAUAAAAGUGGAGUGUGUAACCGAUCCUGGCCCUUUAAUCCAAAGGAGAUCAAGGACCUUUUGCCAGACAUGAGGAGGUACUGGCCCGAUCUGCUCCAUCCGUCCAACUACAGCCACCAGUUCUGGAGCCAUGAGUGGAAGAAGCACGGGACCUGUGCCGCCCAGCUGGAUGCCCUCAAUUCCCAGAGGAAGUACUUUGGCAAGAGCCUGGAUCUGUACAAGGCGCUGGCCCUGACCAGCAUGCUCCAAAAAUUGGGGAUAGAACCAUCUACCGAUCACUACUACCAGGUGUCGGACAUCAGAGAUGCGCUUGUCAGCGUGUACAAAGUCGUGCCCAAAGUCCAGUGUUUUCUGCUAGAGAAGGGUCAGGAGGUGCAGCUCCUCGGGCAGAUAGAGCUGUGCUUCUCCAAGGACCUGCAGCUGUGGAACUGCUCGCAUGCUGCGGAGCCAGCGGCCCGCAGGCAGGAAGCUUGGCCGAACUUGGGACUGCAUGUCUGUGAGGACGGCCCCGUCCAAUACCCUCCGCUCAACGAGACCAAACUCUGAUGCCGCGGAAGGCGGCAUCAGUCCUCAGGUGCUGGGACUGAGGCCCCUGGGGGCAGGUCUUUGUCCCCCGAGGUGCUGCCUGGAGGCGGGGCCCCUCUCAGCGAAGAAGCGCGUCCAGGCUCAGGCGGCUCUGAAGACAGACGUGCUCAGUGACGGAUGAAGCUUCGUCCAGAGGGAGCCGAGCGGUGCGUCGGGAAUCCGAGUCAGAUUUUGGCCGUCUCUUUCCCUAAGGGAGGGAGGGACCAGCCUGAGCAGCGUGUCAGGAAUCCGAGUCAGAGUCUGGCCCGUCUCUUUCCCUAAGGGAGGGAGGGUCACCCUGCUCUCCACGUCCAGGCUGGGGCCACACGCGGCCUCUGCCGGGCUCCCUGCGCCCCAGGCUCACACGCGCCGCGGUCCGCCCACCUGUCUCCUGAGUUUCCCUGUUGCCCUGCCGCCGAGGGCAUCUGCUUCUCCUUCUGCUCGUUUGCGUCGGGCUCCUAAGCGAAGGGGAAGGAGGAAGUGUGGCAGAGGCUUCAUCUGCGCCCAGGCCGGCCGGACGCCUCCUCAGCCGGCCGGGGCCUCACUUGGGCGAGCCUCUGUCCCCUGGAGAGACGUUCUAAAGGUGGCUGUUGUUUCUUCUGACUCAUUUUGCAAAUACACGGCUCAAGGCAAGGGUUUCUACUUCAUUAUUUCCAGAUGAGCUGGUAAAUUUAAAUAAAGCUUCACAUUUGAAUUGAAUUUAUUUUAUAGCUUUGGAGAAUCAAGAAAAGCAGUGGUCUGCUGAUAUUCCUCGGACACCAGUCUUUCUAAAAUCUGUCUGCGUGCUUUUUAAAUAGGCUAUAAUUUUUCUAAUAAAAUAACGUU